UCGAGAAAAAAAAUGAGUAACGGCCAGUACUACGUGGAAUGCCAAGGAAACACUAGCAAAUCUCCGGACAACGAAAGGAAGUCAAUUGUUUAUAAAAUCGUCCACGCACUUUUACCCAGUUCUAAAUCUACCCAGGAUGCUGACCGUUCUGGUUCACUGAGCACGUGUUCAGGAGAAAGCGUUCCGUUGAUAUUCCGUGGAAGAUGCUCACAGUAUGCUCAGUUUUGUGUGAUAUGUGCCUCGGUCUGGAUAGUUCUAUUCUCGGUCUCGGGGGAGCAGUCCCUCCCCGGGGGAAACCUGUUCUCGCUCUUAGUUCUGUUUGCCGGUGCUGUGGCGGGGGGACACGUCUUCUCCUUAAUACACCUACCUCCUUUGCUUGGGAUGCUGAUAGUCGGUGGUCUGUUGUCCAAUAUCCCAGGUGUGAAGGUAGUGGGAUUAGGGAUUGAUCCCAAAUGGUCCGCUUCACUCAGGAAGAUAGCACUGACCGUGAUCCUGCUGAGGGCGGGGCUAGGUCUGGAUCCUGUGGCCCUCAGGAAACUCUCACUGACCGUCUUCAGGGUGGCUCUCAUACCCUGCCUCUUUGAGGUGGCUGCCAAUGCGGUGGCGGCUCGCCUCCUCCUGGACAUGCCGUGGGACUGGGCGUUCAUGUUAGGGUUUGCCCUGACGGCGGUAUCCCCUGCCGUGGUGGUGCCCUCACUGCUGACCCUCUCUGACGCCGGCUACGGACUGGACAAGGGGAUCCCCACCCUUGUGAUCGCGGCCGCAACCAUUGAUGACGUAUUUAACAUCACGGGCUUUGGCGUACUGCUCGGAAUCGUCUUCUCGCAAGGCGAGCUGGCGCUGACUAUAGCCAAGGGUCCUCUGGAGAUGCUACUGGGGAUAGUUUAUGGUCUUGUCUUUGGUGUUUUCCUGUGGUACUUCCCAUCCAAAGAUAAUGACAACGUGUCGUUUUACCGCACCGUGACACUGCUGGGGUUCGGUCUGGUGGCUGUCUUUGGUAGCUCCAUGAUUGACCUGUCCGGGGCCGGUCCUCUAGGCUGUCUGACCGUGGGGCUGGUGGCGGCCUUUGGGUGGAGAAAACAGCGACAGGCGGGAGAAAAAGACCAGGUAGCUAUGGCCUCCGGAGUUUUGUGGAUGUUGUUCCAGCCAUUUUUAUUCGGACUGAUUGGGGCUGCUGUCAAAUCAGAACAAAUUCACGACGUAAGAUCCCUAGGACUGGGGACCGCUGUGAUAGCCGUAGGACAGUCCGUCAGAAUCGGCGCCUCUGUACUGUCGGUGCUUGGAACAGAGUUCUCAACGAAAGAACGCCUCUUCAUUGCAAUGGCGCGAUUUCCCAAAGCAACCGUUCAAGCGGCCAUAGGAGGACUUGCCUUAGACAUGGCCCUGGCCGGUGACAACCCUGAGUUUGUGCGGCUUGGUACCACCGUUCUGACCACUGCGGUACUGUCCAUCAUAAUCACAGCCCCCAUCGGCGCCCUGGCCAUUGCGCUGUCGGGCCCAAGGUUUCUCAACAAACUGGACAGGAAGUGUACAGACCUUGAGAACAGCGAGAGUACCAAUCAUCCAGAGAACGCAGCUAUGUUACCGAGUGAUUCAGAACAACUUGUCGUUACCAUGGAAACGACUCACUGAGCUAUAUUAUAAUUUGACUUUUCUAUUUUUAAAAUGCAUAUAUUACUGGAAACCACUUCAGGGAGUUGAUAGAUCUGUAAUUAUGCAUUGAUUACAGACGCUAUAUUUCAAACUAGGUUUUGUGCCACGUAAUACUGAUGAACCUCUUUUAUUAAGCAGAUCUUGGUUAUGUAGAUACUCUGAUGUUGACAUCUUAAUGAUAUCAUUACCAGUGACUCCCUUGUGAUAAACAUGCCAUCUUUUUGUUGCAAUAUGUGAUUUCUCUACUCAAAAUUCAUUUGUACACCCAAAUAUUACACGUUGUAGACUAGAAUAUAAUGUAAAGUUCAUGCAGAUACAUAUAUCACAUGAUUCCCGUGUACUAAGGAGUGGCCACUUACCAGACCUACAAUAUGUUUAUAUAGAAACAGCCAGACUAAAAUCUACACACCCCGUUUAUAGAUUGGUUGAAAUCCACAGCAGUUGAAACUGACAGGACUGAAAUCGACACGCCCUGUUUAUCGAUUGGUUGAAACCUACAGCGACCUAAGAAAAAUCACGGACUGCACGAAAUAAUCAUGCUGAUAUCAGACUGGAGACGAUUCGGCGUUUCUUUUAGCUAACGUACUUAUCUACGUUAACAGUAAAUUAUUGAAUUUUCUUACUAUUUAUUAUCAAUGUAUUUAUAGUUAAAGGAAAGAUGUACAUUUAAACAAUAAAAUGCUUUCUUUGAUGACCAUCAAAGAAAGCAUUUUAUUUUUUAAAUAUACAGUAUAACAGAUGGACAGGUUGCAAAGACCAUAGCAUAAAACUGUCUGUCAAAAGAUGUAUGAAUAAAUUUCAACUUGGU